ACUGCACCUCAACCUCAACCUCAACCUCUGUCCGGCCCCUCGCCGCCAUGGAUCCGCUGAACAACGUCGCCCUGCGCCCAUGGCCCGCUUCCGACAAGGACGAGCUGACCCAGGACGACCUGCUGCUCAAGAUCGAGCAGCUGGCGAGCGAGCGCGGCCACCUGCGCAACAUCACCGAGCAGUCGCUGCAGGAAGACAUUGACGCGGGCAAAGACGUGCCCGACGGUGCCGACCAUGCAGCCAAGCACGGCGAGCACGAAAAGGAAAAGGACAAGGACAAGGACGCGCCGUCGCGCCAGGAGCAGAUUGACAAGGUGUUCAAAGCUGGCCAGGACAUGUACAGCCACUUGGAAUGGGCCAAGUUUGCCGCCACCAAUGCGCUCGACCUUGUCUCUCUCGUGCUCUCCCAAGACCCCAACAAGCGCAGCCUCAACUUCUUCAGCCCCACCUUUCGCGAACAGGGCCUGAACCAGGGCAUCCCUCUGGGGUCGUUUGGCAUGAGCAGGGAGAACCACGAGCACCGCAUCCGCAAGCCCGAAGAGCAGCAGAGACUGCAGGACGUCGAGGCCAGACAGGAGGUGGUCGCCCAAGGCGCACGCAUGGACGCGCUCGACUCAUCCGUCGACGACAUACUCAAGGCCGCAAAACACUUGGAGAAGGAAAUCCGGCGAGAGACAAAGUACUGGCACGAGAUUGUCUCCAUCUCGGACAAGGGCUGGCCCAUCCAGCGCCUGCGCCAAAACGUGCGUCAUGCGCCCUUCGCUGUGCGCUACGGACUACCAGAAGCGAGUGACCACUUCAAAGCCCGUGGCUUUGCCCCUCUGCAGAUGGACAAAGACGGCAGCAUCAUUCUGGACCCAGCGCUCGCACUGAAACCAAAGAUACUCCGUGUCCGACUCAGUAUCGACGGCGAAAUCACAGGAACGUCCCAAUUCCCCGUUAGCGGAGAUUUCGCCAGCCAAUCGCUCGAAAAGUCUAUCCAGCUGGCGCGCGAUUCUUUGCUCGAGGAGGAAUUGUAUUACGAGAUGAGCCUGGAGACGCGACAAUUGUUAGCAUACGGUGUCAGCUUCCGGGACUCUGUCAUUUAUGUCGACGUGCCUCAAACGGGCAGCUCGCCAAGCCGAAAGUUGCUCAUCGACUGCGUACCCCGAGACGACCCUAUACCGAGCAGCCAAUCUCACGAGCACGAUUGGCUCGCUAGAAACAUUGCCGAGGCGCUCCGCCUCCUACUGGCCCACGAGCAUAGUAUGCGUCUCUACCGGAGAUCGCAGCUCCCGCCUCCGCUGACGGGACGAACACGCGAAAAGCCGCCACCACCCUUACUCCGCACCCUUCUUGCGGUACUUCACCACAUUGAGGGCGUGGAUUCGCUUUACGCCUAUCUCGCAUCCGUCGCUCAGACGCUGCUCAGCGCCGGUCUGGAUGUGACACUCGACACGACACGUGAGACUUCGUGGGCAAAGCUCGUUGGGAGCUUGGAAGCGUCGUCCAAAAAAGGACUAUCGGCUACGGAUCAGCUCUUUGAGAUUUUCAUGAAGCCAUUUGACGGAACAGCUACUUUGGCCCUUCCCACUUCACACAGCGCGCAAUCGGAAAUUCUCAGCAUUGCCACACGUACCAUCAUUGGCCAACCGACUUUCGGCACUGAACACAGGCUGACCCUUCCAUCUACCCUGAGCUCCGAUCUUGGAUUGUUCCAUCAGCAAAAGUUUGCUACUGUCGAGGAAAUAAAGUCGUACCUGGACUGGAUCCUUUCGCUGCACAUUGCCCAUAGACUACUCAAGAACGACUACUCUUCACGCGCGCAGGCCAGAAGCCAGGAUGCGCGGCUCUCGAUUCAAAUCAAGGAUGCAAAGAAAGGUGCACCGUCUUACAAGGAUAUCAAGAUUGAGUUCAAUGACGGAGUACUCAAGGUUGCAAAGUUGGCUGUAGAUGCACCACCAAAAUCUGAAGAUGCAGAGCAAUCGCAUACAUGGAGUGGUAAACAGGACAGUACAUCUCUGAGGGAGGUUAUUAAGAGCUGGGUUGGAUAGUGAGCAACAGCUGUGCACUGCUUCAGCGUCACCAAAAGUUUAAAUGCACUGCGGCUGCCGUUCCAAAACGGGCACCCCCGUCUAGUCCUGUUCGCGCCGUGCCGCCACCGCCAAUGUCAUGCUGCAUCACAAAGCGGGGUGAGCCGUUGAAGUAUCUAAACCGCAAGCAGGUAGCUCCUCUUGGACACAGCCUCGAAUGCAGAUGAAAUGGC